CCACUUGGUCAUGCGAUAGCCCAAAAGAAAGAGCAAAAAGAAAGGUUUUAAGUGGGGGCAAAGGCAAAACGAGCAUCAAAAUACCAAGUGAGGGUACCCAGUACUCCUCUUACGCCUCUACCACCGGCUAAAUGACUUAACCGAGCCACUUGCUUGGUGCUCAAGUUAAGGAAAUAGAAUCAGAUUUGGCCAGGGAAGAAAAUCAAAACAAAAGAUUAUUUUCCAUCCCUAAAAAAGUUAGCAGCACUGAGCUGUCAUGAAAUAUUAGCUACUAAGUAGGCCUGUCACAGAAAUCCCUUUCAUUAUCAACCUUCGAUCGUCGUGAGAGUUUCAAACGCCAACAUGGACUACCUGGACAUUGAAUCCUUUCGCUCCAAGUACAGCGAUAUAACCGUCACGGCGGUGCCAUCGCGCCCUAAGCCGAACGAGCAGUCAGCAAUGGACACCGACCAGGAGCUGGCAAUCAAGUCGCAUGUGCCACAAGUGGAGAUAACGCGGGUGAAUGCAGCUGCUGCUCCUGCUGGCAGUAGCUCCACUGCGAAUGCAGCGGUGAUGCUGCGCAACAGGCAGCAGACAAACAGCGCCGCAAUUGCCUACGCCACCGAGUACAAGGAGGUGAUGGCCAAACUGGAGUACACCAAGUACAUGCAGGCCCAGCUGCAAAUGAUGUCCGCGGCAAGCGGAGGAGGAGGCGGUUUUGGCAUCGACUGCGAUCUGUUUGGCACAUCUAUGAGUCUCGAUGAGAACGCCAACAUAGUGGACAAGUACUCCGAUCUACUCAAUGUCCUGGUGGAAAUGCGCACCAAUGUGCCGACCACGAUGGUGGGUUUGAGGGCACCCAAGGAGCGCAUGCAGCGCGACAUAGCCCAAGCCAGGCUGAAGGUGCGCCAGUGUCUUCAGCUCCUGCAGCAGGCAGAGGAGGAGAGCGAUCACACUGCCUUCCAGGGCGCCCCAGGCCAAGAGUGACGUCAUGUACGUACGUACAUCUCCAGCAUUGUUAACGACACCUCUCCGGGAUUGCGAGUGCCACGACAAUAAAAGACUAGAAUAACAAAAGCCAUCGGGGAGUUCUGGGAAGCCUCGCUGUUUAUGGGUACGACUAUGAUGGUGGGGCUAUGGUUUUGGAAUAGCCAAAUACUAUGGCCAUGUGACGGCGAUAGUAGCCGGCAUUCUGACACAAGUGAGCAGCGGAGCGCGAAACUUGUCCACAUGGAUGUUGG